GCUGCUGCUGCUGCUGCUGUGUGAGCUCAGACCCAGUCGCCUCGCAGAUAUCACCUCUCUCUCAGGCUCCGCACCGCGUCUCAAGAUGUGGACGUCUCUCUCCAGCAGCCGUGGCAUUUCUCUGCUCACAGUGACCAUUGUGAUCUGCAUGUCAGCGUCUGAGGUGUAUUCCCAGAAUCAGAGAACUCCAAAAUGUUGUCCUGCAGUCAGCAGGAAACGUAUAACAGAGAGGAUCGCCGAGUGUUACAUCCAGAAACCUGAGUUCCCCUGCAGGAUUAAUGCUUACCUUUUUGUUACCAUAUCUGGUAAAGAGUGGUGUGUCGACCCAGAUGCCAGCUGGCUUAAAAACAGGCUAAACCAAGUAAGGAGGAGGAGGAUACAACCGCUCACCUGCGAUCCGCUGUUCACUCUGGACUGAACACCUUGACGGCUCGGCAUCAUGGAAACGUCCCAACGAAGCAGCUACUCCAGACAUUUUCUACUCCUCACCUAUUUAUUCACAUUGCAGAAAUAUCUAUUAAAGUAUGUAAGUUAUUUUUGUACCCGAGUUUAUAAAGUCUAGUUUUGUAAGUUUAGGCCUGUGCCUUGGCUUUGUUUUGUUAUGUUUGUGGAAUAAAAUGAU